AUGACGCUGGCGGCGGUGAAGCAGGCGCUGCGCAAAGAGGCCGCGCACGCCGUGCAAGGGCUCUCGCGCAGUGCGCUCGAGGAGCAGUCCGCGGCCGUGUGCACCGCAGUGCAGGCGCUGCCGCAGUUUCGCGCCGCACGCACAAUCAGCAUCUACCUGAGCAUGCCGUCCGGCGAGCUCGAUACGUGGGCGCUGUGCCGCGCAACGCUCGACGACAAGGCACUAUACGUGCCGCGCUUUUCGACGCUGGCUGCCGGGUCGAACGCCAACGUGAAGCACAAGUUUACGACAGACAUGGAGAUGCUCCGCGUGCACGACGCCCACGAGCUCGCGCACGGCCUGACGCAGAACAAGUGGGGCAUUGCCGAGCCGCCGCCGACGCGCGACGGGCAGGACCGCGAGGCGGCGCUCGCCGACGCGUCGCUCGACGUGAUCAUCGUGCCGGGCAUGCUCUUUGACCGCCGCGGAGGACGCCUUGGGCACGGCAAAGGCUACUAUGACCGCUACCUCCAAAAAGCCGCGGCGCACGCCACGGCGCGCGGGCGCCCGGUGCCGUACAUUGUCGCCGUCGCGCUCCGCGAGCAGGUGCGCGACGCGCCCGUGCCGAUGGACGACACCGACGUCUCGAUCGACGCGCUGAUCACGGCCGACGAGACGCGCAUCUUUUCUCCCUAG